AUGUAUGCUUAUAUGGCGAACAUGACACAGAGAUUGGAGAGGAUGGAGAGAAACAACAAUCAUGGCCAUCCUCAAUCUCAUGUAGAAGAUACGGAAUUGAAAGAAAAGAUGAGAGAAGUAAUUAAUGAGAUUGAGAUCAACAAGUAUAUGGAAGCAAAAUUCAAUCCUCUACCAACCUCAGACAAGAACCUUUUAGCGCAAUAUAAAACUUUGAAAGCAACACUCACAACCAGUGACCUCAACAACAAGGAACGUGUAACAGCAACCAUCAGUGAAUCUGAAGGAACCCAACUGGUACGCGAAAGAAGAAGAGCUCAUAUACUACGUGUUCUUCGUGUCACACAACGACCACUGAAUCAUGCCAUCAACUCGGACAACGGUGGAGAAGAAGAAACAACAGAAAACUUGAAGAAUAUAGUGAUGGACACGACCAAACGUUUGCAACACGCCACACAAUCAUGUUCUCGUCUAAAGACAAUCAUUGAAACGUUGAAUAUGGACAACAUGAAACUAAGAGAGGAAGCUGAUUCCAACCAUAAAGAGAUGUUGGAACUGUUGGAGGAAAAUACCAUGCUGAAAACCAAGAACAAUGAGCUUCAAACCAAGAAUAACUCUCUGCGAACCCAACUCUCCAAAGUGAAAAUGAUUCAAUUGGAAGCCCCAAACGGUGCUUGUACCAAAAAGAAGUGA